GGGCGCCAUUGGUAUUACAAAUGAGAGCAUGAAAAGAGAACGGCACAAUCCCCAUCUCAGCCACUAACUCUGUGUCCACAUAUGACCGGGAGGAGAGCUCGUCUUGUCGUGUCUCCCCUCUCCUCACACUCAUGCUGCGAAGCGGACUGGACCUAUCAGCGGCUCUGAAUUCACCUGAACAUCGAAACCAAACUUUUGUUACGGCACAGAAGCCGUCAGACCGCGCGUGGCAGCCAGACAUCAAAGCCGGAUUAUUUUGAUGAGACGUCGCUGAAAGGAAAAAAACACUUCCAGUGGAGCCCAAGUGAGAUUUAUGUUGUUCACACAAACUGGGAUCUUCGAUACAUGAUCUCUGAAAUCUCUUCUCUCCCAGGUUUGAGCACAGCUGUUUGAGGACUGCAAUGUCAUCGAAAAUGCAGAGUUCCAGUAGCAUAGCUCAUGCCAGGCGGACAGUGCAGCAGCUGAGGAUAGAGGCCAGCAUAGAGAGAAUAAAGGUGUCCAAGGCUUCGUCGGACCUCAUGCACUACUGCGGAGAACAUGCCAAGAACGACCCACUACUCAUGGGCGUCCCCGCCUCAGAGAACCCUUUCAAGGACAAGAAGCCUUGCACUAUAUUGUAGCGGUACACCUGAACUCUUGCUGCUUUUUAUUUUGAUUCUUAUUUAGGGAAAAAGCUGAUAGUUAUGCUGUUCACAACUUGCCUUAAGGCCAAUUCCCCCUUUACCUGUCCUCAUUUUGUUGUGUUUUCACAACUGUUGCAGUUUGAUAAGGAAUGUAUGCUAGUCUGCCUUUCGUUCAGAUUCCAGGUACACCAAAGAGCGCCGAGAGACAACGUGUAGAAGUCAGCAGCUCUAGCCUAAAAAUGACUUUGGUUCAAACAAAGAUUAAUAAAAGGCCGUGUCAAGGCUCAGUGGUGAUUGGUGUGUCUCCACAGUUUUACUCGAUGUAAUUUAGACUCUAGUUCUCUGCUGAAAAGAUCUCGGGGGUGGGCUGGGGGCUCUUAUCCUCUAGUCAUCACAGCAUGCAUAAACAAGCCUCCUAAAUUUCCAAUCCAUUCAGUUUUAACCUUUCUGUCUUCACCCCUCAGUCUCAUCAGUCUCACCGCAGCCUUGCUUUAGGAAGCAGUUAAUCUAGUUUGUGGGCUCCUGAUAAUGAAUGUUCUCAAUGUAAAUGCACCGUCCACCACGGGAGUAGAAAAUGGAAAGGGCAAAGGUCCUUUUGCCAGUGACGCACGGCCCCUACCCAUAGUUGUCUUUUCUGGUCAAGCCAUAGUGAUGAAUUACUGUCUAUGAAAAUUGUCUGUCACAUCUGAAUCAGAAGGUUAGGGUUAGAUAUGCCUCCAUCAGCAUGGUUGUGUGAAAAUAAUUGUCAAGGUAAAAAAGAGUUCUGGCUUUGCAGGUUCAUCUUAAUUUGUCACAUUCAGAAACUACUUCAGUAUUUACUGGCCUUAAGAAUAUGUCAUUAUAUAUAAUUAUCUUUAUGAUUAUUAUUUUGACCAUUUGAGUUUCAGAGACCAACAAUUCACUUUAUAAGUAGACUAGAUUUUUAUUUAAAAUAUUUUGAAAGUUUCUUUUGUAAGUCUUAGUCUUAAAGCUUUUGUUUUUUCCCCCCAGAUGUUACAACAAGGGCUGCACGAUAUAUCAUUUCAGCAUCGACAUUGUGACAUCCGCAUGUGCAAUAGUCACAUUGCAGAAGGUGAGAUGUCAAGUGAGGCAAAUUAACUCAAACAUGUCAUGCUGCAGCUUUUUUGCUGCUGCUUGAUAUAAAAGGAAAACUGGCAAGACUCUUGUUUUCAAUGACUAUUGCAUAAGAACAGGCAGUCUGAUUAUAAUGUAAUUUAGUCAGAUUUUAAAGUUGUUGUAUACACAGAUACCACAUGUAUCUGUUGAAAGUUCCUGAAUUUUUUUAUGUUCCAAUCUCAGCUUCAUCCAAUAUCGUGCAGCCCAAAUUAGCUAUAUUUAUAUUGCAAUGCUAAGCUGUCAGAUGUGAUAAUGCAUGCUGACUGUUUGAAUAAUGUCUCUAAAUUGUGAUGUUGUUGAUACCACAUGGGUAGAUUCUCCUCACUGACUUCAAGUCUGGGCCAUUAUUGUUACUGUUUUUUGUUUGUUUGUUUGUCUUUUCAUGAAUUUGCCUUAGAAAUGAAUGCGUGAGUCUAUUGUUAACGUCUAUUGUGACAUAUACCAUGAGAUAAAGUAGCAAUAUGAAACAUUGUACGUUCAGAUAUGACCAUUUUGUAUGAGGCACUCCUUGCAUGUAUUAAAAAAAAAAAAAAAAAAAAAAACUAUUCAGAGAGAGGCCAUCAUCAACCUGUGCCACCUUAUUAGAUCUACCACCACUGAAGGAAAUGCUCUGCUCGACGGAUCAUAAUUUUUUUUUUUUUUUUUUUGGCCAGAGGUUUCUCUCAGAAGAGUUUAGGCUAAUCUGAGAUGUACCAUUGAGACACUAUGAAACCUGUGAACAUGUGAUGACUGUUAUGAUGUUUUUGAGGUUUAAACUAUCCAUGUUUACAACUGCUCUGCUACAUUUGAAGCUCUCACGGUUACUAUCGGUAGUGAUUUAUUUCUGUUCUUUUACUAUGUAUGUGUAUGACUUGGAAUAUAUGCCUGUGAGUUUAUUGAUAUUAGUUGUGUGUUUGCGCUCAUGACAAACAGAGGCAACUAAUUUUGCGACUUAACCAGCCAGGGCCUUAAUGAAGUAUUGUGCUUCGACCUCUCACCUACCUUUUAGUUGCAUUCCACAAGUGCUGUCGGCUAAUACUGUGAAUAAUGAAGGCCCUUUUGAUGAAGGGAGUAUAUCUUAUUAUACAGUGGGCUGUUAACAUUAUGGACAACACCAUAUUUCAAAAUAGCUAAUUGUAACUAGUAAACCACAUUAAGGUAUCUCUAAGCAGUGGCUAUGGCACUACAUGUUCCUGAAUUUUGUAGUGUUCUGUGUGUUUGAUGGAAAUUGUUUUUUGCUGAUUUAGUCAAACCUCAACUCUGGAUUUCUGUUUUACCACUUCAGUUCAUCCCUUUGAAGUAAAAAUGAUUAUUUCAUUUUGGUAGCUGAUGUAUUGCCAGCAAAUAUUAACAAAUUUAUCAUUUUUUAUUAUUAUUAUUAUUAUUAUUAUUAUUAUUAUUAGAAAAACACCCCCUAAUGUCUGUUGUAUGUAAUUUCUCACUUUACUAAGUGAUGCUGUCGCAAAUCAUGUCACAUUUUGCCUUUACCUGUGUUUGGUAAACUCUAAUAAAUGUAAUGAAAACAA